AUGGAGGGCAGGGAGGAGGCGAGCGACACCGACAGCGGGAUCAUGCUGCACUCAGGCCCCGGCAGCCCGGCGUCCCCGCUGAAGGAGCUGGCGCAGCGGGUGCGGCGGCAGCAGCAGGCGCUGGAGGCGUGCGUGCAGGAGCUGCGGCGGCUCUGCCUGCGCGAGGCGGAGCUGACGGGGACGCUGCCCCGCGAGUUCCCCCUGAAGGCCGGCGAGAAGCCCCCCAAGGUGCGGCGCAGGAUCGGUGCCGCCUUCAAGCUGGACGAGACCCUGGUGCUGCGCGGGGCGGACCCGCUGAGCGCCCUGGAGCGGGACCUGGCGCUGCAGCUGCAGAUCGCCAAGGCCGCCCACCGCCUGUGCCGGGAGGAGAACAUCAGCAAGCAGCUGCGCCGGAGGAGGAAGACGGCGGCGCUGAAGGAGGAGAAGAAGCUGAAGGAGCUGGAGAACACCCUCAGCCAGUGCCGCCUCCUGGCCGGCCGCCGGCCCCUGCCCGCCAGCGGCUCCGGGGGUGCUCAGGAGCUCAGCGCCUCGGACGAGAGCUCGCUGUCGGAUGCUGUCCUGCUGGAGGAGGAGGAGACGCAGCCGCCGGGACCCGGCACCCCGCGGGGGUCCCCAUCUCCAUCCCCGUCCCCAUCCCCGCGGCCCCGUUCAGGCCCCGAGGAGCGCGCUGAGGUGGAGGGGCCGGGGCACCCACCCACACCUGCCAGCCCCUGGAGGGAGACCAGCCUCGACGGGCCCUACGAGAAGGCCAAGAAAGCCGGCGAUGACCCUGGGGACAGCGAAACCUGGGGGGCCCGGUGCUGCCCCACGUCCCCACCCGCUGUCGCCACCGCCCCCGGCAGCCCUGACCUCGCAGCCUCGCUGGCGCCCAGGACCACAGAUGUCCCUCCGUACCGCUUCGUCCCCAUCCGGACCCUGGUGCUGUGCCGGCAGGUGGGCUCCAGCGCCCCCAGCACCCCGGAGCCACCGAGCCGGCGGGGACAAUCCCAGUCCCUGAGGGUGGAGGCGCGCUGGGAGCCCGGCGAGCCGCGGGGCCGCAGCACCGCUCCCCGCCGCCGCCCCACGUACUACACGGUGACGGUGCCCACCUCCUGCUUGCCGGCUCCCGGCCCCACGCAUCGCUCCGGCUCCGACGACAGCAUCUCCGACGUCUCCAGCAUCUCCCACGCCACCUCCCCGGGCAGCAGCAGCCCCGACGUCUCCUUCCCGCGCCCCCCAGCCCCGCCGCCCCUCACCGAACCCGGUUACUACCCCCGGGGCGCCCCCCGGCUCCUGCCACCCCCCGGCCCCCCGGCUUUCCUCUACGAGCAGGAUCUGGCCCCGCUGCGCUACCAGCGCCUGGUGCCCUCGCACAGCCGCAUCGUGCGCACCCCGUCGCUCAAGGACUACGCGCCGGCGGGCGCCCGCGGGCUCUCCAAGGCGGCGGUGACGGAGGAGCUCAAGUCGUGGCACCAGCGCGCCCGGCUGCGGGGCGCCCGGCCCCACUCCCUCGACAGGCAGGGCGCCUUCCGGGGACCCCGCGGCGGGACCCCCCGUGACGGCCCCCCCAUCCGUGGGGCCCUGCUGCGGGCUCAGGCGCCCCCGAUCCGUGUCCUGCGGCGCUCCCCGGACGGCGUGCCCGUGCAGGUCUACGUGCCUGAGAAUGGCGAGAUCGUCACACAGGUGUGA